AUUCUUCUAAAAGUGUCAUUCUUCUUUACAUUACCUGAAACUCUCAAAAUCAUAACAAACCAGCAGUGAAGUUUCAGAUCCAGAGCUUCAUUUAACUCGUGCAGUCCCUGUGAACAUCACUACUUCUCAUCUUCGAGCAAACCCUACCUAACCAACACCAUUUGCUUCUAGCCCGGAAAUCCCGAAUCCUUCCAGUCCCCACAUUCCACUAUCCGUCCAGUCCCGAAACAUCCUCGUUGAUCCAAUAUGACCUCCAAGAUGGCCAACUUCUUCCGGUCGCCCAAGAACCAAUCGACAUACGACGAUGUGGCGGACAUUUCCCAGUCCAUGGAGAACGUGUCCAUAUCCUCCAACAUGAUGGACAUCGACACAAGCUACAAGGCUUACGACAACCCACCACGGACCCCACAACACCAACAGACCAACAACCUCCUCAACAAAGAGAACAUCACUCCCUUCAGCUCCCCUACCAAAUCCAUAUUGCACAACUCGCCCCAACCAUACUCCAACCAGUCAAGGUUUCCGUACGGCCAACAACUUCCCCUGGCACAAGCUGCUCACGUCCAGAACAUCCACCAAAAUAUCACUCAGUUGCAACCCUCCAACCAGAAAAAGUUGUCAAAAGAGGAAUUUUACAAGAAGGCUAACUCCCCCAAAACGAAGAGAUUGGCUUCAGUCGCUCAAUUGUACUUUUUAGACUACUACUGCGAUAUGUUCGACUAUGUGAUCAGCAGGAGAGAAAGAACUAAAUUGGUGGAGAGCAAGUUGCUAAACGACCCAUCAUUCAACGCAAACCCUCAAAGACAACAGUUAGAGUGGAAGAACUACGUGGGCAGAGAAAGGGCUCUUUUGAGAAAAAGAAGAUUGAAGCCAAAGCACAAAGACUUCGAGAUGAUCACUCAAGUUGGUCAGGGUGGGUAUGGCCAGGUGUUCUUGGCCAGAAAGAAAGAUACCAAAGAAAUCUGUGCCCUCAAGGUCUUGAACAAGAAGUUAUUGGUAAAAUUGGAUGAAACCAGACACGUUUUGACAGAGAGAGAUAUCUUAACCAACACCAGAAGUGAAUGGUUGGUCAAAUUGUUGUAUGCAUUCCAAGACCCCGAGAAGGUCUUCUUGGCAAUGGAAUUCGUGCCUGGAGGUGAUUUCAGAACUUUACUUAACAAUACCGGAUACUUGAUUCCACCCCACGCAAGAUUCUACAUAAGUGAAAUGUUCUGUGCUGUCAAUUCGUUGCACGAGUUAGGUUUCACUCAUCGUGAUCUUAAGCCAGAGAAUUUCUUAAUUGACUCUAAGGGUCACAUUAAAUUAACUGAUUUCGGUUUAGCAGCAGGAACUGUUUCAAAUGAUAGAAUUGAGCUGAUGCGUCUCAAGUUGAAGAGUUUGGAAGACCUUGACAACUACGAAGUACCUUCUCGUUUGAUGUUAGAAAGACAGAAAAUCUUCAAGCAAUCACAAGGUCACCAUAAUUUAGCAAACUCCAUUGUUGGCUCGCCUGAUUACAUGGCAUUGGAAGUGUUAGAAGGUAAGAACUAUGAUUAUACUAUUGAUUAUUGGUCAUUAGGGUGUAUGUUGUUCGAGGCAUUGUGUGGAUAUCCUCCAUUCUCUGGAUCAAAGCAAGAUGAAACUUACUAUAACUUAAAGCAUUGGAAAUCGUGUUUAAGAAGACCACAAACUAAGGAUGGUAGGUUUGUUUUCAGUGAUAGAACGUGGAAUUUGAUUAUUAAGUUAAUUGCUCUGCCUUCCACAAGACUUCGCAACUUCAAACAGAUUCAACAAAUGGGUUACUUCAAGGAUAUUGAUGACUGGGAGAACUUGAGAAUGAAAACCCCUCCAUUUACUCCUCAGCUUGAUAACGAAGAAGAUGCUGGUUAUUUUGACGAUUUUGAAGAUGAAGAAAUGAUGAUGAAGUACAAAGAUGUUUUUGCCAGACAAGAACAUAAUGAACAAUUGUUGGAGAAAUCUUCUGGUAAGAACAAGGUAUUGGGACAAAAUAACUUCAUCGGAUUCACCUUCAAGCAUAAGUUGAAUCCAAAUAACAAGUUUGCCAAUGGGGAGGUGAAUUUAUUGAAUAUCGGGGGUGGUGAUAGAAACAGAUUGGAUCCUUUGGCCACAUUGUAUUGAGUAAGAAAGUCGAUGAAUCGUUGAGGCUCGGAAACUCAAAAAAAGGUUUUUCAAGACGACGAACGCUUACAGUAUUUUAGCAUACCUAUAUUUUUAUCUACAUUUGAUAAUCAUUCUGAUUAUUUUAGUGCUGCAUUACUAUCUCUGUAUGUACAUAUGAUUACACGGUUACUUUUUAGGUUGAUAAAAGAGCCUCAACC